AUGUCUAUUCGUCCUACCAAACUUCUAUGGCUGACAUGCGCUGUGGGCGCACUGGUACUCCUGCAUCUCGGCCUCCAGCAAACCUCGGAACGCUAUAGCCUUGCCAGUCCGCAUCUCCAGGACUAUAUACCCGCUAUACAUCUACCUGGGACUGGAGGUACCCGACGCGCCAAUGCGACACUCCUGAUGCUAGCGCGGGGGAAGGACCUGACCGGCGUAUUGCAAAGCAUGCACCAGGUCGAGGCGCGUUUCAACGAGAAGCACGCAUAUCCCUGGGUCAUUCUCAAUGACCAGCCCUUCAGUGAUGACUUCAAGCGGCGAGCACAGGUGCAAGCUUCUGGUCACGUAUGGUUCGGAGAGAUCCCGAAAGAGCACUGGGGCAUGCCGGACUGGUUGGACGGCAAGGAAGCAGCUGAGGCGAGGAGGAAGUUCACGCAUGUAGAGCAUGGCAAUAGUUACACGUUCAGGAAUAUGUUCCGAUGGUACUCUGGGCUGUUCUAUCAUCAUGAACUCUUGCAGUCAUUCCGGUACUAUUGGCGCGUCGACCCAGACGUCCGAUAUUUCUGCGACGUCACACAAGACCCGUUCGUCUACAUGGAGGACCGAAAUAUCUCCUACGGCUUCACUCUCAGCCCCAGAGAGUAUGCGCAGACUAUACCCACUCUAUGGGAUAGCGUUGCAAAAUUUAGGCGCCAGUAUCCUCACCUUAUCGAGAAGAAGAACAUGAUGGACUACGUCUCCGACAAUGGAGGCAAGACGUUCAACAUGUGUCACUUCUGGAGUAAUUUUGAGAUUGCCGACAUGGACUUCUUUCGCGGUGCACCGUACAGUCAAUAUUUCGACUUCUUGGAUCAUGAAGGCGGAAUCUACUACGAGCGCUGGGGUGAUUCUGUCAUUAAGAGUAUAGGCGUCUCCCUCCUGCUAAAGAAGGACAAGGUCCACUUCUUCGAUGACAUUGGCUUCGGGCAUGAGCCAUUUGAGCAUUGCCCUACGGACGAGGCGGUUUGGCAACGGGGGAGGUGCAGCUGUGAUUCCAGGAAGAGCUUCGACACGCUUUCAAGCUCAUGCCUUGACAAGUGGAAAGCGUCUGGGAAGUGA